AUGCUAUUGUUUAUACUGGGUAUUGUGUUAUUGGCACAAGAAGCUGUGGCCCUCAAUUCACCGGAUUUUAAUCCAGGUUUUUACCCCAGGUAUUCGAUGAGAUAUGUGAAUUCGGAACAGUUUGCAGAACUGAGUUUGAAUGCUACGAAAACGAGCAAUGGGUCUGUGGUUUACGCAAAUGGGCCCAAUGUACGCUGCAUAUUACCCGUUCGUGAAUUUUCAACGACAGAAUUGGACGAAUCGGUGCUGGAAUCGCGGAUACAGGCAGAUCUAACAAUGGGGCUCGAAAUUAUUUCAAAUCAGUUCAAAGAUGUGUGUUUGGUGUACGGUGACAGUUUUUGGACUUAUAUGUACUGUCAUGGUCAACAGGUGACGCAGGUCCACUUCGAAAACGGCCAUGUUGAUCCAGUUUUGAAUUUUACGCUUGCACGAGAAUCCAAUAGAGACGAAAACGAAAUCGAACCUCAGGCAGAACCCCAGGCUGAGAUGGAAUCUGGAGAGUAUGGUUUUUAUAUUACCAGUACUAUGAGCGGUGGUGACCUGUGUCGCGAAACCGGGAAACCGAGAAGCGUAGAGCUUCAGUACAUGUGCGAUCCUUUAACGAAAACGGUCCAGAUCGUAUCCGUGACAGAAUCUCGUCUGUGCCACUACAAUAUUCGCAUAUCUGUUCCGGACCUUUGCAAAAUUCCUUUUCUUUCCGGAAGUGACGACGGUGGAUUUACAAGCACUUUGAGUUGCUUCAAAAUAUUCCCACAAGAAAUUAACGAUCCCAUAACUCUUACGGAGCUUUAUCGUCCGAUUUUUGUAGGACAUGGGUUUUUCCUCCUGACGGAGACGGUACCCGACGACGUCUUUGUAAGGCCCCUGCGUCCACAGAUUUUGGUUUUCACGGGCAGUGCUCAAGAAUCCUUUUCGCUUCAAAUGAGUGAAGCCGCCAGAUCUAAUUUUUUGAGUAAAGCCUGGAAUGCAUUCGAAACUAUUCUUUCACGCGAACUUCUUCAGGGGCCUGACGGAACGCUAUGCAAAUUUGGUGACGAAUUCAUAUGGGUUGGUGAAGUUCGGAAUUUGAACGGUGAUCAUAUCGUUGACCUAAGGUUUGAGAUUGACCAUCAGCUGGCCGCAAGUGUGUCGCUGGAAGACCAGGCUAGUGCGGGUGAAUCCAAAAGCUUUAAACUGUUUAACAAAGGCGAUGACACGUCGGCGCAGUCGCAAUCAAAAGCAUUGCUCACUGGGGAUAAGCUCAAACUCAAAUCUGUGAAUGAUUUGGUUACCAAGGAGCGUGAAAAGGCCAGACUAGAACUCAGGGAGAAAGUUACGUCUUUGAUGAAUGAUUUAGAUGACCAAACCAUUGAUUCAUACAUUGAUGGCGACUUGUCGGCUUUGUUUCUACCCUUCGAAGAGCUUCGAGACAAAGAUAAUCUACUUGAACAGCUCGAAAUGAAAGGUAACGAGGCCCAGCAACCAUUAGACGAGCGCCUCGCAAAUGAAGAGUCUACGACUAAGGAAUCUGUUGUUUAUCAAGAUAUUGAUACAGAGCAUAGUGAGGAAGGUUCCAAACAGGACGAUGCCGCAAGUUAA